GUUGUAUCCCGGAAGUAGAGGUCUGUUCGAGUACACGUUGAACACAAAAGUAACAAAAACGUGUAAAGCUGUUCAUAUUUUUGGUGUCAGCCGUUUUUUUUGGUAGUGCAGAAAGGUUGACAUAAACACCAUGACAGAACCAAAAAAAAGAAAAGUUGGUAAGGAGGCAGUUGAAAAUGGCGAAGAGGAAAAAUCAAAACAAAAACGACCAGUCAAGUCUAAAAUUGCCAGAGUCAAGGAAGCCCAGACAAAGGGCAUAUUUGCCCACAUCCUGACUGCAUGUAAGGUGUUGCUGGCUGUUAUGUUGAUUCCUCCAUUUCUGAACUAUGCGGCUCUUCAACGGGAAGGAUCCUUGCUGCAACCCGAAGGUGAGAUGUACGACAUAGGCUGGGGUCAGAAGUUAUUCCUGUCAUGUAAGGGGAAGGGGGCACCUACUGUGGUCCUUGAUGCCCCCACGGGGAUGACCUCAGAUGCCUGGACAGUCGUGUUUGAAAAGCUUGCCAAAUAUACACGUGUGUGCAUGUAUGACAGAGCAGGUGUUGGAUUCAGUGACAGACCGUACUAUAACUCAACUGAGGUUGAUGGGACAGACAGCGGUAGAAAUUACAGGAACAGAUGGACUCCGUUCACUGCAGAACGCAUGGUAGAGGAUCUCCACCAGCUUGUUUCCAGAAGCAGCGACCAACCUCGUCCGUUCCUGCUUGUAGGGGCAGAAUUAGGGGCCCUCAUAGCGCAGUUCUAUGCAAGAAUGUUUGAAGGGGAGGUGAUGGGGCUGGUGUUGAUCAAUCCACUGACAGAAGACUUAUUUCAACAAGACAAAGGCAUAUGGAUUCAUAACUGGUAUGGCCACAUGGUUCCUUCCUUCCAGACUAUACAACUAGGGGCUGCCCUAGGUGUAACAAGGCUCUCUCUCAUGCUGGGAUAUCUUCAACACCCUCUACACCGAGCAGUCAGUCUGCCAGACGACGUGGAUAAAAGACAGAAGUACCUGAUGUGUUACCCCAAACAUUUGAGCUCUGUGGUGGAUGAACACUAUUUUAUCAAUGAAACAUUUUCACAGUUGCGAACUGCAAAAAAAAUCAAGAACAUAGCCAAGAACAUAUCAGUGACAGUGAUCACGGGAAACUACUACGAUGAACAGAUGCCUGGGCCGUUGAAUAAGGCGUGGGCCAAGUCGGAGCAGAAUCUGAUCACAAAUGUGUACCCAGAUAGUCAUCAUAUUGUUGUGAACGGGGGGGACCGGCAUUUACUCUACAGGAAACCAGACGCCAUCGUUGAUCCUGUGAGAAAAAUCGUAAAACAAUGGAGAUCCAGACAUACUGAAGAUAGUAGUGAUAAUAAAUUAAAAUCUAAAUCUAGCUGAUGAAGUGCUUAACUGUUGGUUAGUUAUACUUUUAUCAUCUUAGUGAUAAAAAUGGUUUGUUGACAAUAACAUCUGUCAGUUUAUAAAUUGAUGUGGUGUUCUCUCAUGAAUGGGCCACUGAGUGUCUGAAGACAGAUUGGUUGAAGAGACUUAAAUAAUUCCACAGAAGGCCUGGUGCUGACUUUGGAUGAGGUGGAAAAGGAAAAUUGUGUUGGGCUCCCAAACACUGCAGUAUGAAAGUGUUGAACCAUUCAAGGGAAUGACCCAACAAUUCAUCUCAUUUUUAUUUACGUCGUGGAAAGACAACAUUGCACUGUGUGCAGUCUAACAAAUGCUGGAUUCUUUUCAGAUUCAGAUAGUGUAACUUGGACACAAAUUACUAUAACAAUUGUUAGUACCGGUACUCAUGAAAAGUUUUCUAAUUAUGAAACUUCAUUUAUCAUGGUAACUUUCAGUUAGCCCAAACAACACAACAAAGAUAUAUACAUACAUUAUUUUAUUCAAUUACUGUAAUAUAAUAAUGCAACACAGAUGUUUCUAUUCCUGUUGAAAAAGGGGAUAUGGUUAUAUAAAUAGCCGAUCUGGAUUUGCGCAAUAUGGUUCUGAAAAUUCACAUGAAGGGGGCCAAGACCUUGAUACUCUUAAUAUAAAAUUAAUUUUUAUGAUUAGCGUUUACUUUUCAAAGUUUGUCUCUUGUGCCUUAUUUAUUUUUGUUGCAGACUUACAAACCUUAUGUAUGUGUUUAUGUGACACAACAAUCUACAGAUAAUAAAGGCAGCUAUUCACACCAUGAUUUGCUUAUUCAUGGGCUUCCAGUUGUAUUUAACCAUUGUAUUUGGAAAGUGGCCAAAUUUUGGACAAAAAUUGGUAAGAUAAAAACAUGCUAACAGGUGCCUUUCCUGAAUUGUUUAACCAAGAGACAUAACUCCACAAUUAUCUUAGUCAGAGUUAUGGGCCUUUUAACACACCUGUCUUAUUAUUGGUGACAUGUGUGUUAU